CCGGGACCGUGUUGUUUCUCUACAAUGCCUACAUACGAAUUAUCAUUAAUAUUGCGACAAAUGUCUAGGUCUGACAUGGUCGCAACUCUAAAACGGACGGCAACUGCUAUCUUUGACAAAGGUGGCAUCAUUCGCAAACUAGAUAAUCUUGGCACUAAACCACUGCCAUUCAAAACCAGCGCACAUGGUGUCGUGCAUCGGACGGGCUCAUAUUUCGUGUUCAAGUUCGACACACCACCGGCCACUAUUGACGACCUGGAAGAGGAAUAUGGCAGGGACGUAGACAUCGUUCGAAAGCGUAUAUAUAGAGCAGAUUUUUCACAACAGGAAGAGAUUACCUGCACACUUCAUGAGGAGCUACAACCUCCCGCGUAUCGUAAGGAUGUGCAAAAGAUGAUAGCCACAGCCGAGCGAAGUAAAGCAAAGAAAACGUUCAAGUACAAUACUGGAUUGGAUUACUAUCCUUUCCAAAAAUGA